CUUCCACUAGCAAUCCACCUUCGGUUCCUCGUGGCCUACCUCCAUUCUUUCCGGUGUCUACUCAUCACUUUCUUUUCCAGCUUUUUUUAAGCGAGGCCUUCCCCUGUUGAGCGCUUGCGGCAGGCGUUUUGAGGUUAUUCUAUUGGAAGAAGGUCUUUAAGGCUCAGAUGGCCACGUUCACACGCUCCAAGCACGCACAUUGCUUGCAUUGACCAUAUUGCUCGCUACUAUUCAUGGAUUUCACUGCUCGACCCUCUGCUCUUUUAUAUAUUUCAACUUCUCCAGGCACUCUCAGUGCUUCUCAUCGCGUGUAGGGGUUUGGAGCCUAAUGUAAGCAAAAGGAUGGCUUUUCCCCAUCUUUGCCCCUUAGUUUUCUUGGCAUUGCUGUUCUUAGGGUUUGAGUCUGGUGUAAAGUUACCUUUUCACUUAUGUGUGUGAUCCUUUUGAAUCUGCUCUAGCCAAGCUCUCCAGAUCAUUGGGCUUCCUAGGUUGUGCUGUGCUGAAACCAUGUAAACUUAAUUAGUCACUUAACAUAUUGUUGUGAUUCAAGUCUGUGCCUGCCUCUUUGUCUGAGGCUUUGUUUGCCCACAAACCAUCCGAGGGAGAGCAUUUUCGCAUCGGAACAUGGAGGAGACCUUUGUGCCUUUCCGUGGAAUCAAGAAUGACCUUGAAGGGAGAUUGAAUUGCUACAAGCAAGACUGGACUGGUGGUUUCCGGGCUGGCAUCAGAAUUUUGGCUCCAACUACAUAUAUAUUCUUUGCAUCUGCAAUCCCAGUUAUUUCAUUCGGGGAACAACUGGAAAGGGACACUGAUGGUGUUCUAACAGCAGUUCAGACUUUAGCAUCAACUGCUCUUUGUGGAAUUAUCCACUCGAUCCUAGGAGGUCAACCUCUGCUGAUCCUUGGAGUCGCAGAACCGACGGUGCUUAUGUACACAUUCAUGUUUAACUUUGCUAAGGAUCGAGCAGAUUUGGGGCGAGAGUUGUUCCUAGCAUGGACUGGAUGGGUUUGCGUCUGGACUUCCUUUUUGCUCUUCUUACUGUCAAUCUUAGGAGCUUGUUCCAUCAUCAACAGAUUUACUCGUUUAGCGGGAGAGCUAUUCGGUUUGCUGAUUGCUAUGCUGUUUAUGCAACAGGCCAUUAAGGGGCUUGUUGAUGAAUUUCGCAUUCCGAAACGUGAGAACCCAAAGGAAUUAGGAUUCAUUCCAUCUUGGAGGUUUGCCAAUGGAAUGUUUGCUUUAGUCCUGUCAUUUGGUCUUCUCCUCACUGCGCUAAGAAGUAGAAAAGCCCGGUCAUGGCGCUAUGGAACCGGUUGGCUACGAGGGUUUAUUGCAGAUUACGGUGUGCCACUUAUGGUCCUCGUGUGGACGGGAGUAUCUUAUAUACCUGCAAGUAGUGUUCCGAAAGGAAUUCCACGACGCCUUUUUAGCCCGAACCCGUGGUCACCGGGAGCAUAUGAGAAUUGGACAGUGAUCAGGCAAAUGAUCAAUGUGCCCUUUCUUUACAUUCUUGGAGCUUUCAUACCCGCAACGAUGAUAGCAGUCCUUUAUUAUUUCGAUCACAGUGUAGCAUCUCAACUCGCUCAACAGAAGGAAUUCAACUUGAGAAAGCCACCGUCCUUCCAUUACGAUUUGCUUCUGCUCGGUUUCUUGACAUUACUAUGUGGUCUUAUCGGAAUUCCUCCGGCUAACGGAGUCAUCCCACAGUCACCUAUGCACACGAAAAGUCUAGCUACUCUCAAACAUCAGCUUCUUCGUAAUCGACUCGUAGCCACUGCACGCCGAAGUAUGGGUCUAAACUCAAGCUUGAGCCAACUGUAUGGGAGUAUGCAAGAAGCGUAUCGACAAAUGCAGACUCCAUUGAUUUACCAAGAGCCAUCCCAAUCUGCUCAGGGUUUGAAAGAACUAAAAGACUCGACUAUCCAACUCGCUUCGAGCAUGGGAAACAUUGAUGCGCCAAUCGACGAGUCAGUAUUCGACAUUGAAAAGGAAAUCGAUGACCUUCUACCGGUCGAGGUUAAAGAGCAACGUCUCAGCAAUUUGCUGCAGGCAGCAAUGGUCGGAGGGUGUGUUGCGGCUAUGCCAUUCCUGAAGAAGAUCCCGACGUCUGUUCUUUGGGGAUACUUCGCUUUCAUGGCCAUCGAAAGCUUGCCGGGGAACCAAUUCUGGGAAAGGAUUCUUCUACUUUUCACUGCUCCAAGUAGACGAUUCAAGGUGCUUGAGGAUCAACAUGCAACCUUUGUCGAGACGGUGCCUUUCAAGACGAUCACUCUGUUUACUCUCUUCCAAACAACAUACUUGCUCGUCUGCUUUGGAAUCACAUGGAUACCGAUCGCCGGAGUUCUGUUUCCCCUAAUGAUCAUGCUUUUAGUUCCCGUAAGACAGUACAUCCUUCCGAAAAUCUUCAAAGGCGCGCACCUUACCGAUUUAGAUGCAGCUGAGUUUGAAGAAUCACCACCCUUAGCAUUUAACCUCGCAGCGGAACCUGAGAUUGGCAAGGGAUCACACUUUGCAGAAAGUGGGGAAGUGCUAGAUCAAAUGGUGACCCGGAGCCGAGGUGAAAUUAGGCACAUGAACAGUCCUAAAGUCACUAGCUCAACCGGAACGCCAUCGACCGAUCCCCAGGGCAGAACGAGCCCCUGGUUAUCCGACAAAGCUCACAGUCUUAGGAUGAGUGAACUGAGGCAGGAACACAGUCCUCGGACCAUAGAGGUCAUCGGACCUUCCAAGCUAGGGGAACACGUGCGCGACUCUCCUUCGAUUUAGAGACAGAUGAAGCGAAAUCCAUAUGAUAUAGUACUACUAUUCCUUAACAUGUUAAUGUAGAUAGAACUACGCGAUCGAUCGAUAAAAUAUGCUUUAGAUUUUGUUUUUCAUGUUGAGUUCUUUGUGGCUUUGUUGUAGCCUCAAAACCUUUUAGAAUGUGUACCCAAUUCGAUCAAAAUGUUAUCGUCCGACAUCA